AUGGCCGGCGGUACCAGGCCUCAGCCCACACGGGAGCUGAAAAAGCCAGCAUUGCGAGGUUCAGCAAGACCGCGAGCUUCUAUUGCCCCUGAACGAGUAGAAACCCCGAAAGUAUCUUCGCGGACGCAGACACCCAGUGCGACACGAGCCCUGAAUUCCCCUACAGAAAACGCUGGUAACAAGCGAAAGGAGCGCGAUUUUGAACAGAAUGUUCCUGGCGACACGAAUAUCCGCGUCAUUGUCCGCUGCCGGGGCAGGAGUGAUAGGGAAGUCCAGGAGAAUAGUGGUGUUGUUAUAUCUACCGAAGGAGUGAAGGGGACGACUGUGGAAGUGUCUAUGGGUCCCAAUGCGCUAGGAAAUAGAGAAUAUCAAUUCGACAAGGUCUUUUCUCCAGCCGCCGACCAAGCUAUAAUAUUCGAAGAUGUUGUUACUCCGAUAUUAAACGAGAUGCUCUCUGGGUACAACUGUACCAUUUUCGCAUAUGGCCAAACCGGGACCGGGAAAACGUAUACUAUGUCGGGCGAUAUGACAGAGACUCUUGGGUUGCUAUCGGACAGUGCUGGUAUAAUACCACGCAUUCUUCAUGCUCUGUUCCAAAAAAUCGAAGGUGUCGACAGUUCCGUUAAAUGCUCUUUUAUCGAACUCUACAAUGAGGACCUCAGGGAUCUUCUCUCGUCUGAAGAUAAUGUUAAGUUAAAAAUAUACGAAGAAGGCAUGAAGAAAGGUCACAAUGGUACCAUGGUUCAAGGAGUGGGCGAAACAUAUAUCAACUCUGCAUCAGCCGGUAUUAAACUGCUCCAGGAAGGGAGCCACCGUCGGCAAGUUGCUUCAACAAAAUGCAAUGACCUCAGUUCGCGAAGCCAUAGUAUUUUUACUAUUACUACCUUCCUGAAGCGGGUUUCGGACAAGGGUGAGGAAUAUAUAUGCAGCGGAAAACUAAACCUCGUUGAUCUUGCUGGGAGUGAAGACAUUCGGCGCAGUGGCGCUGAAAACAAGAGAGCUACGGAAGCUGGAUCAAUAAACAAGAGCUUACUUACGCUUGGACGGGUGAUAAAUGCUUUGGUUGACAAAAGUCCUCAUAUACCCUAUCGGGAAUCAAAACUUACACGGCUGCUUCAAGACUCCUUGGGAGGCCGUACGAAAACCUGCAUAAUUGCAACAAUAUCCUCUGCUCGCUGCAAUUUGGAGGAAACCAUGUCCACAUUAGACUACGCUUUUCGAGCAAAGAAUAUUCGAAAUAAGCCCCAGAUAAACUCUUCAAUUUCCAAAAAGGCGCUGCUACGAGAAUUUACAACUGAGAUUGAAAAGUUGCGAAGUGAUCUGAUAGCAACGAGACAGAGAAACGGCGUUUACCUGUCGACCGAAAACUACGAGGAAAUGACCGUGGAAAGCGAAUCCCGUCGUAUUCUCAGUGAAGAGCAACGGGCGAAGAUCGAGACAAUGGAAAUCAACUUGAAAACCAAAGUUCAAGAAUACCUAGCUUUGACAAGCAACUUCAAUGAGAUGAAAAAGAGCAAUGAGUCAACACAGUCAACGUUGGACCAAACAAAAACCCUUUUGGAGCAGACAGAGCAGAUUUUGAGCAAGGCCCAGAAGGACCUGGAGGAGGAGACAUUGUUACGCCGUGCACAUCAAGUGACAGAACAGAAACUCCAUAAUAUCGGCUCAACUCUCCUGUCGGUCAUUGAUCAGUCUGUAACAGACGUUUCUGGGUUGCAUUCUAAGCUUAGAAGGCGGUCAGUUCUUCACAAACAGAACAAAAGUGCCUGGGAGGAUUGUACUGGCAAGGUUCUGGAUGUUGCAAAAUCCGUUGAUGACAGGAUGGCGCUCCUUCGUUCCCAGCAUGCAACUCUCAUAAACGACCUCACUUCUCGCGUGGAAACCUUUGUAAGCAGUGAACUUGAGGCCCUAAAAAGGAGCCGGGAACUUCUUAAGGAAACCGAAUCCUCUCUUUCAAGAUUUGAAGAAGACUCCAAACGCCAAAAUCACAAGAACCGAGAUACCAUGAAUGACGUUCUGGAAGAAAUAAAGAUAUUGAGGGAAGAUGUACAGGAGAAAGUCGGGGAAGGCCUGAACGGGCUCUCUUCCGCUGCGGCGAGGAUCUCUGAGGAAGUGAUACAGGAACUUCAGCAAUUUGACUCUGAGUUACACACCAUGUAUAAUCUAUUAACCGGCGACUUUACCGAUUUGUUCCAAUCAGUCGUGGGCCACCUUCACUCCCAGAGGGAAGAAGUCGACGACCUUCGUGCACAGCUCCAACAGGCUAACGAGGAGGCUAAAGAAGCUAAUGAGAAGGCAGCUUUUCGAUUGGAAUUGACCCUUAAGGAGGAACGACAAGCGGCAGAUGCAGAGCGUUCUAUUCUAGCUUCACAGAUUCAUACCCUCUUAAACGAGUCAAGUGACCGACAAGCAGCUCGCCUUAAGGACAAAAUCGAUACUAUCAAGACUGAGGUACAGGUAUCAGGAAGGACGCUCCAGCAGUCGCAUGACAGAUAUCUUGGAACUUUGGAUAGCUGGGGUAGAAGUGGGGAUGAAUUGCUUGAGAAGGUGCUCAAAUCAGAAUCAGAAUUGAAAUCUAAGAUGAAAGAUCAUCUAGACCUUUUUAUUUCACGAAACAAUUCGAUACAUGCAACUACCAACACAGUUCAUGAACAAACAGUUCAUAUUGUUGAUGAACAAAAGAAAGAUAUGGCUGUUCAGAUGGAAGCCCUUGAUGAUUUCGUCAGAAGAGCCAGGUCCCAGAACAAUCAACACUGUGAAGUAAGCAACGGCAUUACCAAAAAACUAGGGCAACGGGUUAUGGACGGGUACCAUCAACAGCUUCAGCAAUUGGACGACUUUGAGAAGCGUGAGGCAGCAUUCCAAUCAGCCAUGUUGACUGAAAAUAAGUCUCUUGGAACCUUAGUGAACACCGCUACGUCCGAUGUAAAGCAACCGCUAUUAGACCUUCAGUCACAGAUCCAAACGACAUCUAUGGCGGAAUACGUGCCAACUGGGACUACCCCUGAGAAGAAAACAUACAGAUAUGAAGCCACACUCCCACGGACGGAAUCGCAUGCCAGUAUACUUGGAAAGAUGGAGUCUCCAUGUGGCCCAUUGACCACGCUCUCUCCUUCUUGUACGCCGCUAGGCUCCCCUUCAUUACACCAUGAACCUCCCACGUCACCAACAAAGUCGACAGUGUAUCAUGACUUGGAUAAUAAUGUUGAAGACGAAAAACCCUUACCCGCUGACGCUUCCGAGGAACCCGAUCAGCUAUCACCAACAAAGCUAAGAGAAGUUGAUAUCAAUGUGAUGAAUAAACCGAAUCCCGAACCGGCGGCUGCUGAAACGGGGCGCAAUAAUGAAAGUUGCAAGGAUACAGAGCCACCACCACUUAAACGGCAUCUCUCGUCUUCUGUUGCCGCCGCAUCAAACUUAACUGGCGAGACGAAAAUUCCAACAAAACGGAUGACACGUCGGAAUGCUAGAGGAACUGCAACUGGCGUUGGAAGUGGGCGAGAAAACACCCCUAUCUCUACUCUCAACGCAGGGUCAAGGAUCAACACAAGAAGAGUGAGGAGUGGCCCUACACACCAUUAA